AAGAGGAGGAGGAGGAAAGGGAGGCCAGAGCCAGAACAGCCCGGCAGCCCGAGCAUCGGGGGUGAACGGCCUGAGCCCGGAGUAAGUUGCCUCGGGAUCCCUAAUCCUCUCCUGCGGGCUCGCCGAGCGGUCAGUGGCGCACGGCUGCGGCAAGGCUGAAAUAUGAUAAUCAGCACAGCUGCGCCGCGCGCCCCGCAGCCAAUGGGCGCGGCGCUCGCCUGACGUCCCCGCACGUAGCGUCAGACCAAUGGCGAUGGAGCUGAGUUGGAGCAGAGAAGUUUGAGUAAGAGAUAAGGAAGAGAGGUGCCCGAGCCGCGCCGAGUCCGCCGCCGCCGCAGCGCCUCCGCUCCGCCAACUCCGCCGGCUUAAAUUGGACUCCCGAAUCUGCGAGGGCGCGGCGCAGCCCGGCAGCCGCCCUUUCAGCUUUGGCAACCCCAGGGGCCACUAUUUCCCACUUAGCCACAGCUCCAGCAUCCUCUCUGUGGGCUGUUGACCAACUGUACAACCACCAUUUCACUGUGGACAUUACUCCCUCUUACAGAUAUGGGAGACAUGGGAGAUCCACCAAAAAAAAAACGUCUGAUUUCCCUAUGUGUUGGUUGCGGCAAUCAAAUUCACGAUCAGUAUAUUCUGAGGGUUUCUCCGGAUUUGGAAUGGCAUGCGGCAUGUUUGAAAUGUGCGGAGUGUAAUCAGUAUUUGGACGAGAGCUGUACAUGCUUUGUUAGGGAUGGGAAAACCUACUGUAAAAGAGACUAUAUCAGGUUGUAUGGGAUCAAAUGCGCCAAGUGCAGCAUCGGCUUCAGCAAGAACGACUUCGUGAUGCGUGCCCGCUCCAAGGUGUAUCACAUCGAGUGUUUCCGCUGUGUGGCCUGCAGCCGCCAGCUCAUCCCUGGGGACGAAUUUGCGCUUCGGGAGGACGGUCUCUUCUGCCGAGCCGACCACGAUGUGGUGGAGAGGGCCAGCCUGGGGGCUGGCGACCCGCUCAGUCCCCUGCACCCGGCGCGGCCUCUGCAAAUGGCAGCGGAGCCCAUCUCCGCCAGGCAGCCGGCCCUGCGACCCCACGUCCACAAGCAGCCGGAGAAGACCACCCGCGUGCGGACUGUGCUGAACGAGAAGCAGCUGCACACCUUGCGGACCUGCUACGCCGCCAACCCGCGGCCCGAUGCGCUCAUGAAGGAGCAACUAGUAGAGAUGACGGGCCUCAGUCCCCGUGUGAUCCGGGUCUGGUUUCAAAACAAGCGGUGCAAGGACAAGAAGCGAAGCAUCAUGAUGAAGCAACUCCAGCAGCAGCAGCCCAAUGACAAAACUAAUAUCCAGGGGAUGACAGGAACUCCCAUGGUGGCUGCCAGUCCAGAGAGGCACGACGGUGGCUUACAGGCUAACCCAGUGGAGGUACAAAGUUACCAGCCUCCUUGGAAAGUACUGAGUGACUUCGCCUUGCAGAGUGACAUAGAUCAGCCUGCUUUUCAGCAACUGGUCAAUUUUUCAGAAGGAGGACCGGGCUCUAAUUCCACUGGCAGUGAAGUAGCAUCAAUGUCCUCUCAACUUCCAGAUACACCUAACAGCAUGGUAGCCAGUCCUAUUGAGGCAUGAGGAACAUUCAUUCUGUAUUUUUUUUCCCUGUUGGAAAAAGUGGGAAAUUAUAAUCUUGAACUCCAAAACAAAAGUAUUUAACGACCCAGUCAAUGAAAACUGAAUCAAGAAAUGAAUGCUCCAUGAAAUGCACGAAGUCUGUUUUAAUGACAAGGUGAUAUGGUAGCAACACUGUGAAGACAAUCAUGGGAUUUUACUAGAAUUAAACAGCAAACAAAGCGCAAAACCCAAUAUAUGCUAUUCAAUGAUCUUAGAAGUGCUGAAAAAAAAAAAAACGUUUUUAAAACGUAGAGGAUUUACAUUCAAGGAUCUCAAAAAAAGCAUUUUCAUUUCACUGCACAUCUAGAGAAACACAAAAAUAGAAAAUUUUCUAGUCCAUCCUAAUCUGAAUGGUGCUGUUUCUAUAUUGGUCAUUGCCUUGCCAAACAGGAGCUCCAGCAAAAGAGCAGGAAGAGAGACUGGCCUCCUUGGCUGAGAGUCCUUUCAGGAAGGUGGAGCUGCACUGGUUUUCGAUGUUUUAAGUUGACUUUACCAAGGGGUAACUUGAAAUCCUGGGUCUCUUGGCCUGUCCUGUAGCUGGUUUAUUUUUUACUUUGCCUCCUCUCCCCUUUUUUUGAGAUCCAUCCUCUAUCAAGAAGUCUGAAAUGACUUUAAAGGUUUUUGAAUUGAGAUUUAAAAACCAACUUAUACCGCAUUGCAACAAGGUUACCUCUAUUUUGCCACAAGCGUCUCGGGAUUGUGUUUGACUCGUGUCUGUCCAAGAACUUUUCCCCCAAAGAUGUGUAUAGUUAUUGGUUAACAUGACUGUUUUCUCUCUUUCUGGAAAUAAAAAGGAAAAAAAAGGAAACUUUUUUUGUUUGCUCUUGCAUUGCAAAAAUUAUAAAGUAAUUUAUUAUUUAAUUACUAUUAUUUAAUCAGAAGACUUGCCACUUUUCAUGUCAUUUGACAUUUUUUUGUUUGCUGAAGUAAAAAAAAAAGCUAAAGGUUGUACGGUGAUCUUUGAAUUAUUUGUCUAAUUCUAUGUGUUUUGUCUUUUUUCUUAAAUAUUAUGUGAAAUCAAAGCGCCAUAUGUAGAAUUAUAUCUUCAGGACUAUUUCACUAAUAAACAUUUGGCAUAGAUAAAUAAAUAAACACAAUGAUCCAGGUCGCUGUUUUGUGUUUACAAACAAGCUAUUCAAAUGUCUGAAACUACGGAUUGCAUGUGAAUUGGGAUAAGCUGACAAACAGUAGGAGUGAUAUUGUAAUUGCAAGUAGUUAAGGUCGAGUUUGCAAGUUUGGGUUUCAAUAGUUGGAUCAAGGUUGGUUGGAAGCCCUUAGCUCUCAGCUAGGAUAAUGCUACUGGUUUUGUGAAAAUGAGAUGCUGUUCUCUGUCCUGCCCAACUCUCUUUCCUUCCCUCAGUCUCUUUCUGUCGGUUCCCCAUCCAUUCACCCACCCCAAAUAGGAAGAGGGUUUUGCUGAAAAUGGUUUUUGAUUCAGAGUCAGUAUUUUAUUUUCUUAGAAUAAGUGAUUUAUACCAAAGUCUCCUGCUUGGGAUUGUUGGAAUGACACGUAUGUCAAAUAUAUAAGCUCUUGGUAAAAGAGAGGCUUUCUGCCUAGCCAGUGAGGGAUGACCAUCGUUUACCAGUGGCGGCUGUCAGCCGAUUGAAAAAUGCGGCUCUAUUUGUGUAGAAGGAACAGGCCUAGAGAAAGAGUAUGCUCUGCAUUUCCCAGACUAGUCAGUGUUUGCAUUUUCUUGCCUCUUCUCCCCUCUCCCAUCUCUUCUUCAUCCUUUCCCCAAGUCCAAUUUCAAACAUCUUGGGAAGGAUGACUGGCUAUGGGGAGAAACACGCCAUGUGUUCUGUUGGGAAACCGCCUUUUAUGGGAUGGGGUAGCGAGCCGCGCGCUUUGCUGGACCCAUCGGCAAUCAGAGUUAGGAGCAUGCUCUCUGGGACAGACUAUUCCCCCGCUGGCAUUUAGCAGUAGUUAAAGUGUGAGAGCCAGAACCCCAGAAAAGAUAAAUGGCACUGCUCGAAAUCAGAAGUCUCGGUGCUUCUUCGUUUGCUGGCGUAGAGUUAGGAUUUGGGGCUCCACCCUGUUCCCUCUCCUCCCUUCACCCCCACCCCAGGAUGAUGCUUUCACUCUGGAAACUGGAUUCAUUUGUAUGCCCGAGUGUAAUGCCGUUUUCAGUACCUGACGAUUCUUAAUAAAUAUGAAAGCUAAAUUACCCUAACUGUGUGUCUCGUGGCGUACCCCCUUCGGGUUUGAUAGGAGUGAGGUGGGGGCCGAGCCCCUCAGCUCUCAAGUCGCUUUCACCCUCUCCAAACCUGCGCAAGUCUGGAAGCCAGCCUCAAUUACGCUUUUGUUUGGCUUGGUUCUACAUAACGGGUUAAUUACAGGCUCUAACGUGGGGGCAGAGAGAAAACAAACUUUGCAUUGAAAAUGUUACAGUGCAUUAGACAUGCCCGUUGAUUACUUUGAUUGUUGUGUCUAAUUCUUGACAGAGGGGUAAUAAUUUGGCCGGGAUAAUAAUGGCUUGCAGUCUUCUGCUGAGAAAAACAGGAGUUACGUCUUAUCUCACACGGAUCUUCUCUGGGAAAGGUUCUUUUUUUCUUUCUUUUUACUCAGGUCUCCGUCCUCUAAUCUCUUGCCAAGAGACUUUACUCUUUUAGCUUCCCAUUCACUAUUUCUAUUGGUCUCUUUUUUCCUUUUUCCUCACCAUCACGGCAGAAAUGGCAACAAAUAUGCAUGUGUAAGGGUGGCAGGCUCAACGUGAAUAUUGGUGUCCUGCCUGCAAAGUUAAUCAGAGUCUAAGCCUUCCUUACUUGGAAAACACUGGACCCCCUUCCCCAGCCAUAGCCUCUGGUGGUCUCGAAAAUGUUAGGAACUGGAGCUGGAAAACACUUUAUUUAGGGUUUGAAUGCAAUAGAAAGACUUAAGUGAGGCACUCACCUUUGUGAAGCUUUUUCCUCCUCGAAUUGAUUUGUAAGAUUAAGAAUAUGUUUGCAUAUUUGGGUGUGGGGCAGUGAUGUUUUGCAUAUAUAGAUGUCAGCCUGUUCUGAAGUCGACCGCUUGAAUUUAAGCACAAUAAUUUAGGGAGGGGCUGAUGAAUGAUUUGCUUUCACUUGCUAGAUUCAAGAUAUUUGUUUCCUGAUGGCUGAGAAUGGAUUGAUGGGUCAAUAGAUUCUAGUUCUUUUAUUAUUUACAUGAAGAUGUGUCUUUCCCCUCUAGACUCCUCAGCCUGUACUCUAAAAUGUGUAGUUGAAAUGUCUUUUUGUUUGCAAAUCAUUUCUUGCAUACUCCUCUUCUCUGUACACCUCUGGAGACUGAGUUUUGAGCUCUGCUCUUAUAAUGAAAUUCUUCCUGUUGGUUAUUAUCUUUGAUCGUCCCUCCCUUAUUACUCUGAAUUCCUCCUUCUGGACAUUAUGACUCAUUUCCUCCAGCUUCUGCAAGUUAAAAUGUAAUGCAACUAAAACCAUCUAGUAUGCUCCCCUUAAAUCAGAAAAUUCUUAUCAAUAUCUGUAGUCUUAAAGACAGGAUUUUCCCCCUAUUAUUUCAGCACAAUACUAUCUUCCAUUUCAGCCUAUUUUCCUUCUAUUCCAUUCAUCAAAUGAACUUGGGUUUUCUUACAAUCAAAAAAGUUCUUUUCUAAGUUAGAAUCAUGUUUGGACAUUAUUUUUAUUCUCAAUUGAAACAAGGUUUCUGGUUAUUUGCAAUUCCGUGUGGGUAUGUGUACCCACUUGCCCAGUGACAACCUUCUUGGAGUUCAAGAUUAAAUAGAUGAUUUUAUGAUGCUUGGCUGCUAUUCACCCUGAUCAACUUGUUGAACUCAUAAUGUUGACCUCUUUUCUGGUGUAUCUCAUCUUUUUGAUACUAGCUAAAAAGACAUUGUGCUUUCAGGUUACCUUGGAAGGACUUUGUAUUUCCCUAGCACCUUGAAUUUUAAGCCACAAGAUCGAUCUCGUGAAAAAUAACUGUUGUAAAUCCCAUGUGGCUUUACUUAGCCUUUUCUUUUUUCUUUAAAAAAGAAGAAGAAGAAGUUAAAAAGGUUAAAAUCAAUCUCAGUUCAAACCCUCAGAAGAGCUAAGUUUGCGUGGCACCCAGCCUCUUUGGCUUUCUAAUCUCAUUCCUAAUAUGAGUGAACUGUCUAAGCAGAAAGUACUUAUUUUCUUAUUUGUAAAGUUCAGUUUAGUCAACUUUUGUAAAUCAGAUUUAUCAUCCAAAUGAUGCCUGAGUUCUGUUCCUCUGGGAAUAUUUACUUCCUUUUUGCUAAUCAACAAUUAAAGACUUACAUUGCAACAG